AUGGCCUGGGCUCUGUUUCUCUUCAAGUUUCUCCUCAAGUUCUUGGUUAAAGCCGAGCGAACGCAAGAUAAAGGCUUGGACGAGGUGGGAGGCAGCACGGUGGUAGCCGAGGGAAUCCUAGGCGGCAUAAGGGGCCCAGGCGGCGGGUGCCGCGCAUCCUCGAUGACGAUGGCCGAGAGCGCCGUGGAGGACGCCGCAGCGCCCCCGGGUCCAGCCAAGCCGCCCCCCUGCACGAACAACAACACCCUGGCGGCGACAGCGAACCGGAACCACCGGCCCCGGAAGCGGAAGCGCCUGUCUCAGGUGCUGGACAUCCUGCAGGCCCACCGGGGCUCGCCGUCCGAGGGGGAGGUGCUGAGGUUCGAGGGCACCCUGGCCUCGGAGGAGGACGAGGAGGCGGCGUUCGGGUCGCCGAGGUCGCAGGCGGCCGCGGAGGCGCAGGCGACCUCGGGGUUCCUGGCCCUGCGGCUGAAGGAGGAGUCGGGGCCCGGCGAGGAGGAGGCGGGGGCCAGCCAGGACGCCCGGCACCACCGGCACCACCACCACCAUCACCACCAUCACCGGCGGAACCACCCGGGAGCGGGGGGCGCGGUCCACCCUGGGCGGCGCUCCUCCUCGGGCAAGUACCCCCGGUGCACCUGCGCACAGUGCGGCGGGGCGCCCCCCACGUCGCCGCUGACGGCGCCCUUAACGGCGCUGACCCCCCUGACGCCCCUGAGCUUGCCGCCCCUGGCGCCGGUCUCGCCGUCGCCGCACGCGUUCGAGCACUACCUGCACACCAAGUACCUGCCAGACAUCUUCCGCCGGCGCAGCCACUCUGACUCGGACGUGCCCGGGUGGGAGCGGCCCGCGGGGGGCCCGGGCCACCCGGGGCACCCGCCGCGCAGCGGCUCCCUCGAGAGCGACCCCACCAGCCCCCAGGAGUCGCCGCUGGACCUGUCGAUGAAGAACGCCAUGGCGCGGCCUCCCUCCCUGCAACUCCUGCCCCCCGGGAUCGUGACCAGGGGCGCCGUCAGCGUCCCCGUGGUCCGGGGCGACGUCGCCUCCCCCACCACCAAGGAGAGCGUCGCGGUCAGGUACAACCUCGAGGUCUCCCCCGUAGUCGAGGAGAUGCCCCCGGGCGCCGACGUGGCCUACGUCUGCCCGGUCUGCGGGCAGAUGUUCAGCCUCCACGACCGCCUCGCCAAGCACAUGGCCUCCCGGCACCGGAGGCAGGGCCCCCAGGACGCCUCGGCCAAGGCCUACCUGUGCGACGUCUGCAAGCGCAGCUUCGCCAGGUCGGACAUGCUCACCCGGCACAUGCGCCUCCACACCGGCGUGAAGCCCUACACCUGCCGGGUGUGCGGCCAGGUAUUCAGCAGGUCGGACCACCUGAGCACGCACCAGCGCACCCACACCGGGGAGAAGCCCUACAAGUGCCCCCAGUGCCCCUACGCCGCCUGCCGCAGGGACAUGAUCACCAGGCACAUGAAGACCCACUCGAGGUACCCCGAGGGCCAGGCCCCGAAGACGGAGCCGGCCGCGGGGCCCGACAGCCCCGGGGCCCCCGCCCCCGCCCUCAAGGCCGAAUGA